AUUUUGAAGGUCAGGAAAGACUUGGUAACCCGGUAGCAGGACAUGCUAAACUAAUACGCUAAUAUCUUUUUCGUCUGGAUCUUUCUUCUGUUACCUGACAAUACAGAUUGAGAACAUCGGGGCCUGUCUAUGUGGACCCUUUUAUUGGACUUCUUUUGUAGUUUCGGGAUGUUUUUAACUUAAAAAUCAUCUUAUUUUAGCUCGGAUUGAUCAACGACGCUAGCUUAGCUCGUUAGCUUAAAAGGGCCUAAAACAAAGAGCUUAGCCGCCGUGUAGCUGACGGCAAAGUGGCCGGAACUGUCUUUAACGGAGUGUUUUAGGGAGGAAAAGCUGCUUUAUUUAAAAAAAGAAAAUGUCUAAAGUCCAAAUGUUAAGAGUUUUUGUGAACCAGAGACUGAGUGCAGCUGCUGAGGAGAUCUUUGAGCUGUUUGAAAGAACGAUAUUAGAGUACGAGGAGAAACUCUGUGGAGCUAAAGAGAAUCAACACAAACAACAGAUGAUCAACUACAUUUCAGGUUUGUCUUGUUUCAUUACUUUCACUUAAAGGAUGGAGUCAGGAGGUGAGUAUUUCACACCACUGCCACUAACCAUGAUUCUCAGAAAAAAAUAUGAAAACUUCAUUAAGAUAUUAAAAAACAUCCGUUUCACAUUCAGCUGCAGAGGCAGGGAGGGACAGAACCAAACCAACUACCUCCAACAAUCAGGGCAGAAGAGCAGGUGACUCCUGUUCACACUGAUCCUAGAUACCUUCUUCAGGGACCCCUGGUUCUGAACAGUCCACUGGUCAGAGAUCUCCAGGACAGUCUUGAAGUGGUCUGUAAGGGCUAGUUCAGUGUCAUCAAAAUCUACAAUUACAUCACAUACAACAGCAACAGUACAAAAAAAAAUGACAAAGGACAUAAAUGAACAUUAAAUUCCUGCCAGAAAACAUUUUAUCAUAGCAGGAAAUAUUGAAACAAGUAAUCUAAUAUGCUCAAACAGCGUAUCCCCAGGUGAGCUACGCAAUCUUCGUACGCCCAUAGGCUGUAUCAAGUGUCAAUCAUAGAAAACAUGAACCUCCGAAUAACUUUUAAAAAUGGAGCUGUACAGAAAAAAGAGGACUUGAGCACAAACCAGUCUGACAGUAACUACAUGUCAACAUCACAACCAGGGGGGAGAAACAUUUAUAUUCUGUGUCAUUAGUUUAUAAAGUUUGUCCACAGCUCCAUAAGGAGGCAGUGUUUAUGACCUAUACUGCAGCCUGUCACCAGAGGGUGCUGUUUUCGGAGUGGCUUCACCCAGCAAGGAGGCAGACGGCGUCCAUUCUAGAGACAGUCCAUGGUCAAUGUCCUUUUAGAUAGUCGGCAUUCUGACAUGUUUUGGUCGACUAUACAAAUAGCCAAUGAAAAGUGGAGUUGCUCCGGGUCUGCUUAGCGCUGAACCAAUCAUGUGCUGAAUUAGAACCAAGUAUCAAACAACUGCGUCGUAGCAGACAGCAGCUACACCCAACCAUAGCACUUUAACAGGUGAAGCCGACAGCACUGUUGGUGAGAAACAAAGAAAAUGAGUGCUACCCCCGACAGAAAUGACCAUGAAGGCUCAACAGAUGACCACAUCGUCCACAACACUGGCUUUACGAAAACGUCGGUGGUGUGGAGGUAUUUUGUUUUCUUGAGGUCGGACAUGAAGCAGAGUAAUGUGGACUGUAAAUUAUGUCGAGUACAUGUUCUCACAAAGUCGGGGAAUACCUCAAUGGUACUUCUUAGCACAGCGAUAGAGCGCCUACCUGCUCUGGGUGAAGGACAAGUUCAGAAAGUGAGAAAAAAGACAUUUUACAUAAUAUGCAAUAUUUCUCUGUGUAACUUCUUUGCUUUUUGUGUCCAAUUCUUCUACAGAUGUCCAGCAGCCAUCGGUGAGUAAGGAAGAGGUUCCCCUUGAGCAGCAAGAGAGGAGUCCCAGUCCAGACUAUACAAAUCCACUAGAACCCUUACGCAUUAAAGAGGAAGAGGAGGAGCUGUGGAGUACUCAGGAGGGGGAGCAGCCUCAAGGACUGGAAGAGGCUGAUAUCAAUACGCUCAUCAUCACUCCUGUCCUUGUGAAGAGUGAAGAUGAUGAUGAUGGAGAUGAACAUCAGUCCUCACAGCAUCAUGAAAACCAAACUGAAGACAGAGGAGAGGACUGUGGAGUCUCAGAACCAGACAGGAACUUUAAUCCAGACAGCCAUUUACAACCAGUUACUGAUGAAGAGGCGUUACGCUCUGAACCUGAGACUGACAACAGCUUUGAUUGGGAGGAGACCAGUGAACCAGAGUCAGGUUCAAUCCCUCUGCAAAACAUAGAAGUUUCUAUCAAUGAUGAAGAAUAUGAGAGUGGAAAAGCACCGCUUAGCUCUUCUGAAUGUGCUACAAGCUCUAACCCAAGCAAUCAACUUCAGGAUCUCAACAGUAUGGUGGGGAAAGAGAAACUAUUCAGUUGCUUGGUUUGUGGUACAAGAUUCUGCAAUAAGAAAAAUUUAUCAGCGCAUAUGAUGCGUCAUACAAAAAGUCAAAAUUACAGCUGCUCAGUUUGUAAUAAGGACUUUAGUUGGAGAGCACAUCUUGAAGAGCACAUGAGAGUCCACACAGGAGACAAACCCUUCAGUUGUUCUCUUUGUGAUAAAAGUUUCACAAAAAAGUCAAAUCUGUACCAACACCAAAAAGUUCAUACUGGAGAGAAACCCUUCAGCUGCUCUGUCUGCGGUCGAAGUUUCACACUCAAGUCUAACCUGUAUCACCACCUACAAGUUCACACAGGGGAGAAACUCUUCAGUUGUGGUGACUGUGACGCAAGUUUCCGUAGCAAAACCAAUUUAGUUCGGCACAUGAGAGUCCAUACGGGAGAGAAACCCUUCAGCUGCUCCAUUUGUGGUCGGGGUUUCAAACAGAAGUCCACCCUGUGCAGACACCUCCAGGUUCACACUGGAGAGAAACCCUUUAGUUGCCCCAUAUGUAGUGCAAGUCUUCGUCGUAAAACGCAACUGGAAGUUCACAUGAGAAUCCAUACAGGGGAGAAACCCUUUAGUUGUUCCAUCUGUGGGAAAAGAUUUACCGAGCGCCGAGGUCUGACUCGUCACGCAGUUGCUCAUUCGGGGGAAACAAUUGAAUCGCAGAGUGUGUGAAGACAGAUUUGAUCAACUUCAGAAUUAAAACAAUAAAAUGUUGGUGAGAGCAGCACGGAUAAUGAAACUGCAAACUGCUUUUCUUGCAUGAUUACAGUAUUUUACAUGAAAUUUGGCCAAUCACGGAUGAUCCAAAGACUGAAGCAUUUUCUCAUCAACUGAUACGAUGCUACAUUGUUAUUUAAAUUUAUUAUUAUUUUUACUUUGUUGGGCUUUUAUUGGUAUACUGUGUCUUUGGGUUUGUAAGUAUUAAUUUUCUUCUUAUAUUUUGAAAAUCAAGAGUAUUUUUAUGUCACCUACACAUGUGCUCAACAUGGGUUUUGAUUUUGAAUAUUAAAUGAUGGCAUUUACUCUUCAUGUCUACAAAGUAUUUAUUGUUUGAUUGUCUACCCUCAUUAUGGAGUGAUAUUUAUAAUCAAGCCUGGACUGUAGAAUUUCUGAUACUUCAACUGUAAUUUGAAAAUUAAAAAGAUGCUGUUUGACAUUUUA